CACCUAUUCGGAAAAUGGAGAUAUUUUUGAGGAGUUUAGGAGAUCCUGGAUUUCAGCAAGGAGUUGCUGUUGAUUUAGAUGUAAACCAAAGCACUGUAUCCAGAACCUUGAUUACUGUAUCUGAAGCAGUUUAUUCCAAGAGAAAUAACUGGAUAACAUUUCCUAAUACUAACGAUUCACUUGGAGUUGCUAUCAAUGAGUGGGCAAAUACCAAGCGAAUGCCAGUGUCAUAG